AGGAUCUAAAGAUGACUUAAUUAAUAUGGAUAGGAAAUUAGUACACGACAUUAUUCCCGCUGAUUAUGUAGUCAACAAUAUCAUCGUGUCAUCAUGGGUCACUGCGAAAAAAAGAUCUAUAUCACCGGUUAUUACUAAUUUCGAUAAAGAUGACAAGUCCUUAACAGUUGAUGCGAAAGAGAUUCCAAUUUUUAAUAUCGUCUCCUAUGUUCAAAAUCCAAUGAAUUGGAAUUACUGUAUAUUAAAAUUAUUGGAAAUUGAUUCUAUUCUACCAUUUAGAAAAUGCUUGUGGUACCCCUUUUUUUAACAUUGAAAAAUGAAUACUUUCUCUAUUUAUGCAUAAUUUUAUUUCACUGGAUACCAGGAUUCAUAGUCGAUUCAUUAGCUUUUCUCGUCGGACGGAAACCUGGGUUAUUAAAUAUUUAUAGAAAGGUUCAUAAACUGUCUAAUGUAAUGAAUUUCUUUGCAACGCAUCAAUGGGAAUUCACUAAUGAUAAUGUUUCGAAGAUAUGGAAUAAACUAUCUGUUGUCGAUAAGAAUAAAUUCUUCUUUAAUAUUAGCGAUCUCGACUGGGAUUCUUAUUUAUUAACGUAUUGCAAAGGAGUUCGAGUAUUUCUGCUGAAUGAUCCUUUGGAGACGGUAAAUGAUGCUAAAAUUUUGCAUAAAAGAUUGCGAAUAAUUCAUUAUACGACGGGAAUUGUGCUGUUAAUUUUGUUACUUCGGGGUUUUUACUUGUUAUUACAGUUUCUUUAUUUUCUUUCUGAGGAAUUAAAAGCAUGAAAGGACGCACGGGAUACAAACUGAUCCUGUAUUUAAGAUUGAAUGAAUAAAUCCUUUUUUUGUUGAUGAUGGAAAA